UACAAGCUGUGCGUUUAAAACGAUUUUCUCUAAAGAUUUGUUCUUAGUUUGAGCAAAACAAUGCGACGAACGAAGAAACCCAAGCCCAAACUCAAGCGUCAUAUCGAAGAUGUUCCAUUUUACAAAUUUAACCACGGAAAGGAUGAGCUUCCUCUGGAUCCGGCACGCACCUUUAUAGAGGAACAAAUCGGGAAAAUUCACUCCACCAAAUCGAGCUGCUUCACCAAGGACUACAGUCUUCAUCGUACUCCGCGCGGUGAUGGUACGCUUGACCCCGAACUACUGCCAACCGAAUGUGCCACAUCGUUCCCUCACCCCGACCCUAGCCCGCGUCCCUCGACAUCGAAGAUUUACUGUCGUGGUGAACCUGCCCGAGACGUGCGUGGUCCAUUGGCUGGAAAAGACAAAGACGCCACCGAUCGUAUGAUUGAGGUGUACAAGCGUUUCCGGUUGAAAAUUUUUCACGACCUAGCGCUCACCAAACCGGUGCUUAGGGGCAACGAGUUUUUCCGUCGCUAUGGUCGCAACGAUGAUGACGGUCGCCGGAAGUUACCAUCGCUGUGGCGAAAGAAGCGCCCUCAAAAGUUUCAGUUUGACGAGUUCGCAUACCGUACGCCGGAGGAAAACGAGGAAGCGUUGCGUCGCAUACAGAAGCAUCUGGAUAAGAUGAUUGCAAAGAGUAUACGGGAGGCGGAAAAACGACGCCGGGAAAAGGAAGAGCAAGAGCGAAGACCUCAGUUUUGCACCUCCAAGAGCAAGAAUGUUUAUCAGGUGAAGGUGAAAAAUAAACGACUUACCAAUGAGCAGUACAUCAAGAAACUCAAGCAAUCGGAAAGCAUGAAACUGAAAUAUCUUCAAGCCUUACUGCCCGUCCAUCCGGAUGAGCAAAAGCAUAAAAUACUUUCACGAUACGAGCAAAACUUCCGCCAUGCAAUGUAUUUCUUCGACGACGCAAUGAAGCAGCGCACACUGAACGUGCUCGAUCAGCUGGAUGUGCGGAAGAUCAACCACUAUCCUUCACAUUUGAUCAAAAAGAUACUGCCGCGAGUAGAUCAACGGCUAAACCAUCUCAAGCAGGCGUACAAGUUCAUCCUGGAAGAGGAACAGCUGUGGCCCGACGUUUAUCCCGAGGUGAUACUGAUGGACUACCUCUUCGAUACCGAUCACGGUGUGGCACGAGAUCAGGCCGUUUUCUUCAUCAUACUGCUCAUGGACCUGCAGGAAGACUACCGGUACUACGUUAAGCGUGCCUUUCUACGGUACAUACUACGCUCGGAAGCGGAACGAUCCCGCCUUCAACUUGCGAUCGAACCACCCGAGUUCCCGAUCGCCACUAUGGUCGCUCCAGUUCCGUGGAAGUGUUCCAUACAGAUAGCAAAGAAUCGGCUGGAGGAGGUUCUCAUGAUUAACCACCCAGUGCUGCAAGCGAUCAAUAUGCUAUGGCACAAGCUGUACAGCAAUUUGUUGGUGGUCGAUUCGGUGAAAUUUUACAGCACCGACAUACCGAUGCAUGCUGACAAAAUAACUGAAAUGAUACACAACAGCUGUCGAAUAACGAGAGACAUUUUGAUCAACGACUGGAUGCCACGAGUAGCAGAUCUGGUAGAUGUGAUGCGCAAAUACUGGAAAGAUCUGGUACCGCGCAACUCCAGCCACGGUGGACGGGGCACUAUCUUUUUCAACUGCAUCCACGCGCUCACCUCAUACCAUCUGCAGGAACUCAUCAAGAAGAGUCUGGAUCAUCUUGUUGAAGCGUUGGAAGUGUAUCGGGAGGGCGAUGUUGCCGGAGAGGAGCCAAAGGUGAAGAAGAAACCCUUCAUGACUCUCACCGUCUCGGUAGUUGGGCAACACCACACAGACAUCGAAAAAACUACUGAGAAAAGUGACCUCUCGCUGUACCAGGUGGACGACGAUGAUCCUGACAUACUGGCCUCAGAGUCGGACGACUUCGUGCUGACCAACAGUGACGAACGAAGAACUUCCUUCAUUGUGGAGAGCAGCGGCAAGAUCAUCAUCUAUCCGUACAUGGAGGAACUGCCCGACCUGUUCAAAAGCUACUUCGUCAAGAUACUGAAGGUGGGCUACAAGAUCCCAAGGCUCGAGUACUAUCUCACUCAGGACGAGAAGCAGCUGGGCUAUCUGCACUUCAUACGCACCGAUAACGAUGACAUGCAGAAGUUGUACGAGCGUGUGAAGAGGAUUGUCAUUGCCAACCAGACCGGUCCGACGGUGUACCUGUAUCCGAUGUACGAGUACUACUUCCCGGUGUUGGCAAACAAGAUGAAGCUCAUUACGGAGGGCAUUUUCUCACAACUAGAGCUUCCGCCACUGGACAUUUUCAAAGAGCUGGUUCAAAAAUUUACCGACCUAUUGAAUGGCAUCUACUACCUGCGAGAUUUCAUACCGCUCAAUCUGUUCAUGCUCGAUAAUAGCAGAUUGAACAAGGUGCUGGAAAAGCUUGUGAACGAUCUCAAGAACUUUGUCAUCAACUAUUUCAUCACGCUCAAUCAGGUGGAUAAUAGAAGAAUUUGUGACGAGUUCGAGGAUAUGUCGCUGCACGCUGGUGAAAGACCCAAAGAGACGCCGGAAGUCGUCGCCCUGCAGAACUAUCUUACCCAAUGCCGGGAGGAGCGCAUGUACCAGCUUACAAGCGAAAUCAAACAAGUCGCACAGCGAGUUAUUUUCUUACUCACUCAUGCCAUUCUUGAUCGUAUGUCAUUUAUGUUCUCGUUCCAAACGUAUGGCUUUCUUAGUAGACUCUAUUUUUAAACUACCUUUUCUCCAUCAGAGGAAGACAUCAAUCUCAACUCCCGGCUGUUCCUGUGGCCCAAAGAGCUGGAAAAGGUGCUCGACCUUAGCGGGGCCCGAUUAUCAGUGGUUCGUGAAAACCUUGAAACGUCCUUACGCGAACGUCGUGUCAAAUUCGAACAGUACUUGAUGACGGAAAAGAAAAAGAUGGAUCACUUUCGUACGAGAGAAAUACGCGAAAUGCUCUCGCUGGACGAUCUGCGCGAUAAAGUGGAUACGGUGGAUGGGUUGAUGAAGAUUUUAGAAGAUUGUAGCAGAGAGGCAAAGGAAAUCAACACGAACGAGAACUUACUGCAGAUCGAUCUUUCCUUCUUCCCGUCGCUUAAUGAGAUGAUCGAAAAGAUGGGACCGGUUGAGAAGCUGUGGCAUACCGCGUACAAGUUUGACACCUGUCACGAGGUGUGGUACUUUGGGCCUUUCAAAGAUCUCGAUGCGGACAUCAUACGGAACGCGGUGGAGGAGAUGUAUCAAGCGAUCUCGGUACUGCUGAAGGAGCUUACCGGUAGCCCACAGGCGAAGCGUGUCGCCGAGCAGAUACGCAUGAAGGUGGAAAAGUUUAAGGUGUACCUCCCGAUCCUGGAGUCUGUCUGCCGCCAGGGGCUGUGCGAUCGCCAUUGGAAGCAGAUCUCGGAAGAACUGGGCCAAGAAGUGAACCCCGCCGUGCACAAUUCGCUCAGCCAGAUGGUGGAGAUCGAUAUCGUCAAGAUACAGGAGCGUCUCGAGGAGAUCUCCAACGCGGCCGGCAAAGAGUACGAGCUGAACAUUCAGCUUGUCAACAUGCAGGAAGAGUGGACCGACGUGCUAUUCGUUUGCGUGCCGUACCGGGACAGCGAUAUGUACAUCCUAUCCUCCGUCGACGAGAUACAGACUCUGCUGGACGAUCACAUUCUGAAGGCGCAGGCGAUGCGAGGAUCCCCAUAUAUUGCUGCACUCGGCACGAAAGCAAACAACUGGGAGGACAAGCUCAUUUCCAUGCAAGACAUUAUCGAUACCUGGCUGCAGGUGCAGGCGACCUGGAUGUAUCUCGAGCCGAUUUUCAGCUCCGAGGACAUCCUGCGUCAGAUGCCGACCGAGGGCCGCCACUUCAAGGCUGUCGACCGUGUAUUCCGCAAGAUCAUGAAACACACCACGGCCGAUGCGCACGUCAUCCAGGCGACAGACUAUCCAGAGCUGCUGAACACGCUCCGGAAGGCGUACACCGAUCUGGAGGAGAUCCAGAAGGGUCUCAAUAUGUAUCUCGAGAAGAAGCGGCUCUUCUUUGCCCGCUUCUUUUUCCUCUCAAACGACGAGCUGUUGGAAAUUUUGUCCGAAACAAAGGAUCCGCUACGUGUGCAGCCACAUCUGAAGAAGUGCUUCGAAGGCAUUCACUCGCUGCAGUUCGAUCAGCAGAUGGAGAUCGUGGCGAUUACUUCUGCUGAACAGGAAGUGAUUCCGUGCGUACGAAAGGUCAACCCCAAUCUUGCCAACGGUUUAGUUGAAAAAUGGCUAAAGGAGGUCGAGACAGUAAUGUUGGAAAGUGUCAAGGAACAGAUUUGGCAGUCGUACGAGCGCUACCCGAACGAUCCUCGCAAAGUGUGGGUACUGAACUGGCCUGGUCAGGCCGUGCAAGUCGUAUCGUGUCUGAAAUGGACUGAGGAGGCCGAAGAAGCGAUACAGCAAGGACAGCUUCCGCAGUUUGGAAAAAUCUGUAGCAAUCAGAUAGCAGAGUUGGUGGAUCUAGUGCGAGGAAAUCUCAGCACUGGAGCAACGAUCACCAUCGAGGCUCUGAUCGUCGUCGAUGUACACGCUCGGGACAUUGUCAAUUUGCUCGUCGAGAAGCAGAUAAGCGACGUCGGGGAUUUCAACUGGUUCUCACAGCUUCGGUACUACUGGCGUAUUGACGACGAUGACAAGCAAAGCUACGUCGGUGUCAGUAUGGUCACCACAGACCUUAAGUACGGCAUGGAGUAUCUUGGCAAUACGGGACGGCUCGUAACGACACCACUCACCGAUCGAUGCUUCCGCACUCUGAUGGGUGCGUUUAAGCUGAACCUGGGCGGAGCUCCUGAGGGACCGGCCGGUACCGGCAAGACAGAAACCUGUAAAGAUCUUGCCAAAGCAGUUGCAAAGAAGUGCGUCGUAUUCAACUGCUCCGAUGGGUUGGAUUACAAAGCGUUGGGUAAAUUCUUCAAGGGUCUCGCCCAGUCCGGUUCGUGGGCAUGCUUCGACGAGUUCAACCGUAUCGAGCUAGAGGUGCUCUCAGUCGUAGCACAACAGAUUCUCACCAUACAACAUGCCAUCGCACAGAAGAUUGCCAAAUUUACGUUCGAAGAUACGCACCUGAAGCUUGACCCUACGUGCAACAUUUUCAUCACGAUGAAUCCUGGCUAUGCGGGACGUACGGAGCUGCCAGAUAACUUGAAGGUGUUGUUCCGCACGGUAGCCAUGAUGGUACCCGAUUAUGCCAUGAUCGGUGAGAUCACACUCUACUCCAACGGGUUUGAUAAUGCUCGUGUGCUGGCGCAGAAGAUCGUUCACACGUACAAGCUCUGCUCGGAACAGCUGUCCUCGCAGUUCCACUACGACUACGGUAUGCGGGCGGUCAAAUCCGUCCUAAUGGCAGCAGGUUCAUUGCGGCGUACUCAACCACACCUGGCAGAGGAUCAAAUCGUGUUGCGUGCUAUUAUUGAUGUGAAUCUACCAAAGUUCUUGCAACAGGAUAUACCUCUGUUCGAAGGCAUCUACAAGGAUCUGUUUCCUGGCGUCAAUCUUCCUCCGCCUGCUCGAGACGACAUUGUGCGCAUAUUGCUGGUGAAGUUGGUGAAAAGGAAGCUACAGCCUACCGCUUGGUACAUUGAUAAGAUCAUGCAGAUCUACGAGAUGAUGCUUGUGCGCCACGGUUUAAUGAUAGUUGGCGAAUCGAUGGGAGGUAAAACGACGGCCUAUCAAGUGUUGGCGGAAACGCUACGUGAGCUACGUGUCGAGAAGGGACCAAAGUGUGAGGAGCAAGGUGUGCAGUACCGCAUCAUAAAUCCAAAGUCCAUUUCUAUGGGGCAAUUGUACGGUAGCUUCGAUCCAGCAUCGCAUGAAUGGUCGGACGGGGUAUUAGCGAACACCUUCCGAGAGAUGGUAAACACAACGAGCCCAGAGCGGCAGUGGAUUUUGUUUGACGGACCGGUUGAUGCGGUAUGGAUCGAGAAUCUAAACACGGUGCUCGAUGACAACAAGAAGCUGUGCUUGAUGUCAGGAGAAAUUAUUCAGAUGACAAAACUUAUGAAUCUUGUGUUCGAACCAGUUGAUCUGGAGCAAGCGUCUCCUGCAACCGUAUCCAGAUGCGGUAUGAUCUACAUGGAGCCACACCAGCUAGGAUGGAUCGCUCUACACAAAUCUUUUCUGCUAGUGCUAGAAGAGAAAGGAGUGUCGGAGAUUAGCAUCGGUGUGUUCGAACAGUUGGUAGAGUGGUUGAUACCUCCAUCGCUGAAAUUUCUGAAGAUGGUUAAAACCGUCCUACCAAUCUCCGAGAUGCAAUGCUAUUCGAUGUUCUCCAAGUUCUUCUACAUAUUUUGCACACGCAUACCAAACUACACACAGAUACAGUUUCAGCAGACUUUCCUCUUCUGUUUCGCUUGGGGCUAUUUUUCGUCCGUCACCAACGAGGGACGCAAAAUGAUAGAUCCCCUGCUGCGGAAGAUACUGUACGGUGCCAAUGAAGAUCACCCGAAGCCGAAACACUUCUCCCUUAACCGUGGCCAGAUGUACCCGGAAAAGAUGAACUUCAUGGACUAUCGAUUCGAUGAGCACGAAAAUUGGUGGCCUUGGCAAACAACCGAAGAGCUCGUGCUUCCGGAAGCGUGCAUCGUUUCGGAGCUGAUGAUUCCUACCAAAGAAACUGGCUACAUUCUUUACUGGACCAAUCUAUGCGUUCGCAACGGUAUUCCGAUCCUGCUGGCCGGUCCAACCGGAACAGGCAAAAGUGCUACCAUUUCUAACUACAUUCGAGAACUACCCAAGGCGAAAUUUAUCUCCAACAUUAUUAACUGUUCCGCACGGAGCACAGCCGCCCAGGUGCAAGACACGAUCAUGAGCAAACUGGAUCGUCGACGAAAGGGCGUGUACGGGCCACCAGUCGGAAAGGAGUGUGUCAACUUCAUCGACGAUCUUGCCAUGCCGGCUCGUGACGACUAUGGUUCACAGCCACCAUUGGAGCUCGUACGCACUUGGCUCGACCAUCGUAUAUGGUCCGAUCUGCGCGAUACAUCCAAGAUCGAGUUGAUCGAUUUACUGCUUAUCGCGGCUAUGGGACCGAUCGGAGGCAGUAACUACAUCCCGCAGCGACUCUAUCGCCACAUGUUCGUGAUGUCAAUAGAUUCCUUCGAAGAUACCACCCUGAUGCGCAUAUUCUCAUCCAUCGGUGAUUGGCACUUUGCGAAAGGGUUUCCGGAGCCCGUCGCCCGACUCAGCAAGCUGCUCAGCCAAGCAGCAAUUGCGGUGUAUCGUGGAGCGAUCGAAAACUUUCUUCCAACACCGGCAAAGUCACACUAUCUCUUCUCUCUACGGGACGUUUCCCGCGUGUAUCAAGGGAUCGUUCUUCUACCCUCAAAAAAGCUACCCGAUCCGGAGAAGCUGGUACGUCUCUGGGUGCACGAAACGUAUCGCGUGUUUUGCGAUCGAUUAGUAGAAGAUGACGAUAAGCUGAAGCUACUUCGUCUAGUCGAUGAUGCGUGCGUUACACAUCUACGCUUGAAGCUUGAGCAAGCCUUUGGUGAUCGUCUCGAACCGGGCCAGAAGGUAUCAGAUAAACAUAUACGCGAUCUGCUGUUCGGUAACUACAUGGAACCUGCCGCCGUAACUCGGAUCUACGACGAGGUUGACAACUGGGAACAGCUGGAAAAGAACAUCAACUUCUAUCUGUCGGAGUACAACGAACGAUCGAAAUCGCCCAUGAACUUGGUCCUGUUCCGGUUUGCCAUCGAACACAUAUCCCGCGUGUCACGAGUUCUCCAGAUGCCCCGAGGACACCUGCUGAUGGUAGGUCUCGGAGGUUCUGGACGACGGAGCACCGUGAAGCUAGCGUCCAGCAUGAGCGACUCGCUCGUCUUUCAGGUAGAAGUAACACGCAGCUACACACUCAACGAGUGGCGCGAGGAUAUGAAAAAGCUUCUGAUGUAUGCGGGCUGCGAAGGGAAACGAACCGUCUUCCUGUUUAACGACUCGCAGGCAAAGGAGGAAGCCUUCGUGGAGGACAUCAAUUCGCUUCUCAACACUGCCGACCUGCCCAAUCUAUUCCAGGCCGAGGAGAAGGCGGUGAUCCUCGAACAAAUGCAAAUCAUCGUUCAGGCCACGAACAAACCAAUCGAUCUGACAGCGCUGUCACUCUACAGCUUUUUCGUGGAACGUGUCCGCGAGAACCUUCACAUAGCGCUGGCGUUCUCGCCGAUUGGAGACUCAUUCAAGAAGCGGCUUCGUAUCUAUCCCUCGCUCAUCAACUGCUGCACAAUCGAUUGGUUCACGGCUUGGCCCGAUGAUGCGCUGCAGAAGGUGGCCGAAUUUUUCAUUCGCUCGAUGGAUCUCGUCAGCAGUCAGGAGAGAUUGUCCAUGUCACGCGAGUCAUCGAGCGUCGAGGUGGUAGAGCCAGCGGACGAAAAGGAUCCAAAGGUACGCAAGCUCACCGAGCUGGAGGUCAAGCUUAUCGACUGUGUGCUGGUCUUCAAUGACUCUGUAGUCGAUAAUUCGAACCGCUUCUUUAACGAGCUGGGUCGUCGUAACUACGUAACUCCAACUUCCUAUCUGGAGAUGUUACGCUCGUUCAAAGACUUGUACCACAAAAAGUACUCGGAAACCAUUACACAACGCGAUCGUUACACUACCGGAUUGGAAAAGCUAGACUUUGCCGCCGGCCAGGUAUCGGUCAUGCAGAACCAGCUGCAAGAUCUGCAACCGAUGCUGAAACAAACGUCCGACGAAACGGAGAAAAUUAUGGUCAAUAUCGAGCGCGAAACGGCGGAAGCUGAAAAGAAGAAGGAAAUCGUGGGAGCUGAUGAAACGGCAGCGAACGAGGCCGCCGCAUCCGCACAAGCGAUUAAGGACGAUUGUGAAAGCGAUCUGCAGGAAGCGGUGCCGGCCCUUGAGGCCGCUCUAGCUGCCCUUGAUACGCUCAAACCGGCAGAUAUUACUGUGGUGAAGUCGAUGAAAAACCCGCCGUCGGGUGUGAAGCUCGUACUGGAAGCGGUUUGCGUUAUUCGAGGCAUCAAACCUGAUAGGAAGCCUGAUCCGAAUGGUCACUUGGUGGAAGACUACUGGGGACCUUCGCAAAAGAUGCUGGGAGACCUCAAAUUUCUGGACAGCUUGAAGACCUUCGACAAGGAUAACAUCCCCAUACCUGUUAUGAAGAAAAUCAGAGAAGUAUACAUUGCCGAUCGUGAGUUUGUGCCGGAGAAAAUCAAAAGCAUUUCAAUGGCCUGUGAAGGUCUCUGUCGCUGGGUGCGUGCAAUGGAGAUCUACGACCGUGUCGCCAAAAUUGUAGCACCGAAAAAGAUCGCUCUAGCCGAAGCAGAAGCCGAGCUGGCAAUGCAGAUGGAAAAGCUCAACUCGAAGCGUGCCGAGCUGCAGGAAAUCCUCGACAAGCUGCAGAAGCUGAACGAUUUCUUUGCCGAAAAGUCGCGAGAAAAGAAACGCCUCGAGGACGAAAUCGAUAGCUGCGAAAAGAAGCUGAUCCGAGCGGAGCAGCUGAUCGGUGGUCUUGGUGGAGAAAAGCGACGAUGGUCCGAGUGUGCUUUCAAUUUGCACCAAUCGCUUAGCAACGUGGUGGGAGAUGUGCUGUUGGCCGCCGGAUGUGUAGCCUAUCUUGGCUGCUUCACCACCGAGUUCCGCUCGACAAUCGUUCAGGCAUGGAACGCAGAAGCGGUCACGCGUCGUAUACCGUGCACCGAGAAUUUCUCCUUGAUCACGACGCUCGGCAAUCCGUUGCAAAUUCGUAGCUGGUCUAAUUGGGGCCUGCCGACCGAUAACUUUUCCGUCGAGAAUGGAAUUAUUGUGAAGCAUGCACGUCGCUGGCCGCUCAUGAUUGAUCCAGAGGGACAGGCGAAUAAGUGGGUGAAGAACAUGGAGAAAGCGAACAACCUCAAGAUCAUCCAACAAAUGGAAGCCAACUAUAUGCGCAUCGUGGAGAAUGCUAUUAUCAACGGGUACCCGGUGCUGCUAGAGAAUGUCGGUGAGAACAUCGAUUCCGGAUUCAACUCGAUUCUCGAGAAAAACAUCAUCUACCAGAAAGGAUCGUACAAUAUUAAGUUUGGUGAUGGUAUGAUUGAGUAUAAUGACAACUUCCGCUUCUACAUCACGACCAACCUGCGAAAUCCGCACUAUCUGCCCGAAACGGCCGUCAUGGUGACGCUGAUGAACUUCAUGAUCACGGAACAGGGCUUGCGAUCGCAGCUGCUCGGUACGGUAAUCGUACAGGAGCGUCCAGAUUUGCAGGAGAAAAAGGAGUCGCUCAUCAUAGAAUCGGCUCAAAACCAGGAGGCACUGUACAACGCCGAGGCUAAGAUCCUGCAGGUGCUUUCAACUGCCGAAGGAAACAUUCUGGACGAUGAGAACGCGAUCGACAUACUCACCUCGAGCAAACAGCUGUCGGAAGAGAUACAGGCGAAGCAGAUAGUUGCCGUCGCUACUGAGGCGGAGAUUGAUGCCGCUAGACAACAGUACAUACCGGUAGCACGUCAUUCGGCUGUGAUCUUCUUCUGUACGGCUGAGCUGGCAAACAUUGAUCCCAUGUACCAGUUCAACUUAACCUGGUUCCUGAAUAUCUUUGUGCAGGCGAUCCUUAAUUCACCUAAAUCUGAUGAUUUGGAGCAGCGUUUAAAACACCUCACUGACUACUUUACCAUGGCCAUCUACAGCAACGUAUGUCGCUCGUUGUUCGAGAAGGAUAAGCUAAUGUUUUCGUUCGUGUUGUGUCUGGGGAUUAUGCGAGGUCGGGGAGAUAUCAAAGAUGCAGAACUGUCUUUCUUGUUGGCCGGUGGACUAGCAUUGGACAACCCCUACCCAAACCCCGCACCAGAAUGGCUCACGGAUAAAUGUUGGUCGGAAAUAGUGCGUGCCGGAUCGUUACCCUCUCUCAAAGAACUUCCACAAUCGUUUAUGCGCAACAUCGAACAAUGGAAAGCUUUCAACGAUCAAAAUGAUCCCGAUGCACAACCACUUCCAGAACCAUUCGAUAGGCACGAAAACAUUGUCAAACUGAUCGUGUUGAAGUGUCUUCGGCCCGAUAAAGUAGUGCCUGGAUUACAGCGCUUUAUCGUACAAAAUAUUGGCAAAACGUACGUCGAACCGCCACAGUUCAAUUUGGAAACAUCGUACCGGGAUAGUUCUCCCAGAAUCCCUCUAAUAUUUAUGCUAUCACCCGGUUCGGAUCCGAUGGACAACAUCUUUACGUUCGCCAACGCUCACUACAUGAGUGACGACUGCCGGGUGAUCUCACUUGGACAAGGUCAGGGUCCAAAGGCCACCAGAACUAUUCUCGACGCAAUCAAGCUAGGCUAUUGGGUCGUGCUGCAGAAUUGCCAUGUAGCGGAGUCGUACAUGGACGAGCUGGAGAAGAUUUGCAUGGACUCGAGCCUUUACGAAUCGGUGCAUCCAAAGUAUAGGCUAUGGUGCACGUCAUAUCCUAGCCGCCGUUUUCCGGUGUCCAUCCUGCAAAAUAGCGUGAAAAUGACAAACGAAGCUCCGAAAGGUGUGAAAAAUAAUAUGACACGCAUCUUCACCACGGAACCACUGUCUAACAAUACGUUCUACUCGGAUGCGUUCGAUGGAGAUCUCGGCAAGGUAUGGCUGCGUGGUGUCUUUUCGUUGGUAUUCUUCCAUGCUGUUGUACAGGAACGUUGCAAGUUCGGUCCACUGGGUUGGAACAUCCCGUACGAGUUCAACGAGUCGGAUCUUAAAAUUUCUCUGAUGCAGUUAAAGAUGUUCCUUAAUCAGUACCACAAGAUCCCGUUCGAGGGGCACAUUUAUCUUACGGGCGAGUGUAACUAUGGAGGGCGUGUAACAGACGACAAGGAUCGACGCUUGUUGAUGGCUCUUUUGAAUCGGAUCUACAACCAAGACACCAUCGACAUCGAUAACUUCCAGCUGACAGAGUCGGGACGCUACAAAGUACCGGAACUGCCGACUGCAAAAGAAGCACUAGCCUACAUCUCCACACUGCCAAUGAUCGCUCAUCCAGAGGUGUUUGGAUUGCAUGAAAACGCUGACAUCACACGCAACAUUGAUGAAACAUCGUCGCUUCUUGAUCGAGUUCUGCUCACCCAAACACACCUUUUCGCUGGAACAGCUUCAUCCGAUACGGAACAAAAAGAGGACCCGGUCCUGCUGCUCUGUACCGAAAUUGCCAAAAAGCUCCCCAACCUCUACGAUGUGGAUGCCGUCGCCGAACUGUACCCGAUCGAGUACGAAAACUCUAUGAAUACCGUGCUGCGCCAAGAGCUAACGCGCUUCAAUCGAUUGCUAGAGUACAUUAGGCUCAGUUUGGUCGACGUGCAGCGUGCAAUUAAGGGUCAGAUUAGCAUGAUACCGGAGCUGGAGAACAUCUAUCGCGCGAUGAAGAUCUCGCGUGUACCAAAGGCCUGGCUAUCGAAGAGCUAUCCUUCGCUAAAGCCGCUCGGUAGCUACGUGAACGAUUUCGUUCAACGGCUGGCAUUCUUCCAGCGUUGGAUCGACGAAGGAGAACCGAAUGUGUACUGGAUGAGUGGGUUCUACUUUACUCAGUCUUUCCUCACCGGUAUUAUGCAGAACCACUCGCGCAAAUUUAAGCUACGCAUCGACGAGCUGGUUAUGGAUUUUGAUGUGACCAGCUUUGAAUCGGACGAAGCCGUGAAAGAUUCCUCGGAAGUGGCUACAUUUGUUAAGGACAAACGACGCAUCAACGUAGACUACGUAAUGUUCGACGGUCUUUACCUGGAGGGUGCACGCUGGAAUCGGGAAAGCAUGCGGCUAGACGAGCCCCUGUCACGCAUCCUCUACGACACACUGCCCAUCAUCUCGAUGUCUCCAACACUGAAGACGGAAAAGAGUGGCCCAGAGCUACGACUUCGCUACGACUGUCCCAUCUACAAGACUAGUGAGCGACGUGGUGUGCUUUCUACCACCGGCCACUCAACAAACUUCGUCAUGUUCCUCGAGCUAGACACUGUUAUGCCCCAGGAGCAUUGGGUUCUUCGUGGAACCGCAUGUCUCUGUCAACUGGAUGACUGAAGACGACGAAACCAAUACUAACUAGUGUGCUUUUAAUCAUCUUUAUCAUUCAUUCAGCAGUUUUUUUUUGUGGCAUAUAUACAACAACCUAACCUAAAAAAUAAAUCUGUAGUCGUUUGAUCGAGCUCUUGUGGCUACACUUCGCUUAUCUUAUCACAACCGCCGUUACCUGGGAAGGGUACUCCGUACGUCCGUUAAACGGCGUAACAGGUACCCUAAGCGAGAACGCAUCGUACCCACGGAUGGGUUAGAGAGGUUUGUUAUCUUAUCUCCUGUAACGCUAUCCGCCGUGCGUUUGCCAAUCGCACACUGAUUACAGAACAUCGUUAGGGUGUACCCCGUUUCGUUGGAACAGGUCUUAUUGUGCUCCAACGCUUCAACGAGGAUUGAAUCCAUUAACAAACCUAAACCAAAACAGUUUGUGCUAAAGAAAGCAUUUAGUUGCAGCAGUGUACAAAAAGUUAUUUGCGCAUAUAAACAGUAGUUGCCCUAACGUAGUUUGAGGAA